GUCUUCGCACGGUACGGCGGAACCCACUACUGAAAUCUCGAGACCCCUCUAAUGGUUUGGAUGACGAUGAAAUGUUUUCGUAGGCAACACCAUUCGGGCCUCCUUUAUUCCCUCACGACUUUUUAUCUCUCUUCUUUGUUUUACAUCUUCGGUUGUCCAACACGCGUUUUUUCUGGCCCAUAAGAGGUCAAAGUCAAGGAGACACAAGAUUCUUUUACUUACACCACUGAUACAUCAGCUUUGGUCUUCUCUGUAAUGAACCAUCCUUACACCUCGCCUUCUGGUCGGCUAAGCAUUUUCGACAGUACUUCCAGAUACUUUUCUGAGAUGAAAAGGUCGAUAUAAUCACGCCUGGGGAUACGGGAGCGAGCUGGGAGGCGUAUCCUUUCCCAACGGAUCAUGCAGUUGACCCCUAUCAAAGUUAGAGGCAAGCGUGGCAAAGCCCCUUCGUCCAAGGCACCGACCAAGCAACCGGUGAAGAAACGUACAUCACGCCUUUCGAGUCGCUUGUCGGUCAAGCGCAAGUCCCUUCUGGAGCGGCAACUACCUCUUGAAAUCAUCGAGCGUAUCUUUGUCCUCAGCCAGAACCUCAACUUCCCCCGUUGCAGUCCCCUCGUCGGCCGUCUUCUCUCUGGUAGAUCUACGCUUGUCAACCUUCUCAUAGCUGCAUUCCACCCUACGUGGGAUUGUUGGUUUGGUGUCAACAGACGUGCGCUCAAGACGGUCUCAAAGCGCGAUGCCACAGAAGACUCACGGAGAGUUUGGCGACAUGAAGACUUCUCCGAGUGCUUCCCGGGAGAUCCAGAGUUCCAGUCUUCCGUGCUAGCAUCUCCCUGGCUUAGCAUGGAUAUCAUGAUCGACGCGCGGCAGGUUUGGGCCUGGCGCUUCGCUCGCGACAGGUGGUAUUCGCAUUCCCACGUCGGUCCAAAAGACGAGGAGACGGACCAUACGGGCUCCCUGGACUGCCUUCAUGACAGAGUUGGCGGUUUUGGUCACUUUGAUUCAAGUGGCUGCUUCGAGUAUGAUUGGCUCGCGUACGGGCUUAACGGCCCAAAACCCGCGCUCGACUUUUAUGUUGAUGUACACCCCAAGGCAACUAUCCCAGACGGUCUCAUUACGGGGCCAUGGACACCAGAGCAGCAGAGGCUUCUCUUUUGGCUUCGGAGAGGCGGUGCAAAGAUCCAGGCCGAACAUCAGACCUGGGAGACGCUGCGGGUUGGCCUUCAGAACGCCGUUACUCACCGGAACCCAGGAAACCUGGACGGACGUCUGGUGCACAUGCUACUCCUUCUGGGCGACUUCUUCUCCUCACAAGGGCUCGGGGAUAAUCUGUCUCUCUGGCCGCUGGAUGUCUUGGAGGAGGAACAUGCCAAAGUGGCCAGGCUGCUCGAGGCAAGGGGCCGCAGCAAGGCUGGGCCCCUACCCGAGCUCGUCCAACUGGAGAAGCUCAUGGUUGACUACCACCGCCGCAAGGUCGAUCUCCUCACGUCGAGACGAAGUCGGAACUAACAUCUAAUGUCGUACCCGAUCCUGUGUCGGUCUUCUGCACUAUUCAGGAAGUUACUGUGAGCUAGUGAAGGAGGAACUGUACAUACUCGAAGGGUGUGGCUUGCUUCUGCAAAUAUCUCGACGUCGCCAACGCUCAUCUAAUACAUUUUAAUGUAAUGCGGCGGCCGAGGAACAGGCUGACGAAAGACGCGAGUAUGAGGAUCCUGUGUGAAGUCGUUCGAGACGACUGUGCUGAGAGUAUAUUAUCAGAGCGUACGAGAGUCCC